GCCGCACUUCGCUACCACGGUCGCUUUUAUAAUUCUUAUAUAGGUAUAAUUACUUUACGACGAUGGUUGGAUUGGAUCCUGACUCGAACCGUGAUGACGAAUGUGAUAAUAUUGGAUUGGGAUGCGCCUUGGAACACUUUUCUGAAGUAGAAGAAGUUAUGAAUAUGAUUGAUAAUGUGAAGAAUAUUUACAACACACCUUCUUUUGAAGUUGAGUAUGAUAAAUUGUACACCAUACUAAAGCAAUAUUAUGAACAGCCUCACUUACUUGAUCCGCACUUAGAUAAGAUUUUGUCCAAGUUUUUAACAUUAAUCAAGGAUAAGGAGUCUCCGACUGAAUUGAAACAUGCCACAUUCAACUAUAUGUAUCAGAUAUUUAGAGUUAGAGGAUACAAAGUGGUGGUUAGACACUUGCCUCAUGAAGUUUCAGAUCUCCUUACAGUUUUAUCAUUCCUGGAGGCCCAAAAUCCAAAAGACAAAGAAACAUGGCGCAGUAGAUUUGUGCUUCUAUUGUGGCUGUCCAUUGUUGUGAUAAUACCAUUCCAUAUGAGCCGACUGGAUGGAUUCGUCCCAGGACAGUCAGAUGCUGGAAGUUCAAAGAAAUUAACAGUGAUGGAGAAAGUGUUUAAUAUAUGUAAGACAUAUGCUCUCAGCAAGGAUGCAUGUGCUGAAGCCAGUGCUUAUUUAGCUUCUAAAUUUCUCAUAAGAUCUGAUGUAAAAGAGCUGUAUAUGGGGGCAUUUUUUGAGUGGGCAUGUGAAUUACAUUCCAAUCUCCAAGAAGAGGACACAAUACACUAUGGUGUUUUGGCUACAGCGGCGGCAGUCCUGAAACAUGGGAAGAGAGAUGACUUGUUGCAAUAUGCACCAAAAUUAUUGGAAUGGGUGACAAAACAAAAUUAUAAACAGCAUAAAGCUAUGUUAGUGAGAAAAUAUGGAGUCAAAAUUGUUCAAAGAAUAGGCUUAACAUUCCUGCGGCCACGCGUCGCCUCAUGGCGGUAUACUCGUGGAUCUAGGUCACUCGCUGUCACUCUGGGUGGGGUGCCUGCUGCUGGUGAUACAGAACCUGUCACUUCUCCACCUGUUGAUGAUGACGAGGAUAUUCCGCAAGAGGUAGAAGACGUGGUAGAACUGUUGCUGUGUUCUCUACGUGAUGAUGACACCGUGGUACGUUGGUCAGCAGCGAAGGGCGUAGGUCGUAUCGGCGCACGACUGCCUGCGCUCGCCGCCGCUGAUGUCUGCGAGACUGUACUGGCGUUGUUCGCUGAGAAUGAACGCGAGACAGCCUGGCACGGAGGGUGUAUGGCGCUUGCUGAAUUGGCUAGGCGGUUACUGAUUCGGUCGGCGCUGGCGCGGGACGGCGUGGACAGCGCGGCGCGGGCCGCGCGCGGCGCGGCGGCGGGCGGCGCGGGCGGCGGGCGGGCGGCGCGGGACGCGGCCUGCCACGCGGCCUGGGCCUUCGCCCGCGCCUACGACGCGCGCGCGCUGCGCCCGCACGCACCGCUCCUCGCCAACGCGCUCAUCGCCACCGCCUGCUUCGAUCGCGAGAUAAAUUGCCGCCGUGCAGCCUCUGCGGCUUAUCAAGAAAAUGUCGGCCGACACGGCAUGUUUCCGCAUGGUAUAGAUGUCCUCACAACUGCGGACUUUCAAUCCGUAGGGCCACGGAACAACGCGUACCUCGUAAUAGCUCCUCAAGUGGCCAACUUUCCUGAAUACACACAACCCCUAAUUGAUCAUUUGGUGGAUCUCAAGGUGGAGCAUUGGGACUGUGCCAUACGAGAACUGGCAGCUAAAGCUCUGAACAAAUUGACUCAUAAGAUUCCCGAGUAUGUAGCAACAGUUGUGUUGCCGAAAUUGAUUGAGAAGACUGAUUCUAUAGAUCUGAAUGUACGUCACGGUGCUAUUCUAGCAAUUGGUGAAGCUAUAUAUGCACUAUCACAAACAAAGUUGUCUAGUGGUAAAACUGGCGAUACACUUAUAUCUGAGGAUGUUCUGAUUGCUGUACGUGAAUUAGUACCAAGUUUCCGUGCGCGCCACCAGUUUCGUGGUCUGGGUGGUGAACUUAUGCGUCAGGCGUGCUGUCAGUGUAUCGCAUCACUGUCAUUGGCCGGGGCACCUUAUCAUGCUCAUUCUACUAUUGACGAAUGGCUAAAUUUAAUCGAGGAAUGUUUGUCACAUGAAGUGCAAGCUAUACGCGAGAAAGCGAUACAUGCGCUGCCAUUAGUCUUCGACCAGUAUUUAAAAGAUGACAAUCUAAUGUAUGGGAGCACCACAGCGAAGCAGAAACGUAUGCAACUUAUAGAGAAGUAUUGUGAUCAGUUGCACAGUUCCGGGGUCAACGGCCUCGUAUUAAGAAUGGGAUACGCUCGAGCUGUGGGAUCUCUACCGAAAUUCCUCUUAGCAGAACAUUUGCCUUUGGUAAUCCAAUCGCUAAUAGAGUGCUCAAAAGUGAAAGAUACUAGUCAUAAAUGGGCAGAAUCUCGUCGUGAUGCAGUCAUUGGGCUUACAGAAGUAUGUCAGACUCAAGGAAUAGUUAAUGGAGUCGAGAAGUAUGUCGGCGAAAUAGUAGAAGCCUUGCUUGAAUGUCUCAGUGAAUACACAAUUGAUAUGAGGGGUGAUAUCGGCGCGUGGGUGCGAGAAGCCAGUAUGACUGGUCUAUUGGCAAUCUGUCGACAAUGCGCCUCAGAGGCGCCACAUCUGAACAGUGUCGAAGUUAUAAGGAGCAUCAUGUGCGGCGUUGCCCAGCAGGCCGUAGAGAAGAUCGACCGUACGCGAGCACACGCGGGCAGGAUCUUCACAUCUCUGAUAUACAAUGAUCCAAAAAUUGACAAUAUUCCGCAUCAUGACGCAUUAAGACGUAUAUUCCCUUCGGAGGAAGUGGAACUGAAACCUCAGAUUAAGGAUUUGGAGGAGGAUGUUGAUCAACCAACUACUAGUGAGAAUACAAAUGUGGUGCUAUGGCUGUUUCCCGGGCACACAAUGCCCAGAUUUGUCCAGUUGUUGAACUUUCCUGAAUAUAGAUACAAUGUUAUCAAAGGAUUGGUAGUUAGCGCUGGAGAAUUAACUGAGAGUUUGGUGAAACAUACCACACAAUCUCUAUAUUCCUACUUGAACUCAUUGCAUGAUAAUAAAGAAAUGCUGACUGCUAUUUGUGAUACUAUUAUACGUGUGUUUGCGGAUAAUAUUCAAGUCAAAAGGAUUACGGGACCCAUAUUCAAUUUCUUGGAUAGACUAUUGAGUUCAGGUUCAAUAUUACCCAUACUGCAGGACUCUGAAUCGACAUUUGCUAUGGAUAUAUUGAAGUAUUUACAAUUGGAACUUAGAGGCGGAAAGAAUAUUUACAAACUACUGGAUUCUAUAAAUGUGUUGUGUCAAUUAAUACAGGUGGGCGGCACAGUAUGCCGUCGUUCACUGGGCCAGCUGGUGAUCUACCUGUGCUACGCGGAUCGCUACGUGCGACGCUGCGCUGCCGCGAGACUGUACGAGGCGCUCACGCUUUACGGCGACGAGUGUCACCUACCAGCCAACAACCUCGACCAGGUGAUGUCAAUACUCGCUGACACCGAUUGGGAAAAGGAUGUAGCCGAACUAAGGCCAAUAAGAAAUGAACUGUGUGAUCUCAUGGAAAUUAAGAGGCCGGUAUUGAAACAGAAGCCGUAGAGAAAUUUUUGUAUCCAACAGUGAAGAGUAAAAUUUAAUUUCCGUUGUUGCCUCACGCCUAAUGCGUUGUAGUUUGUGUUGCUCUUUGGAGCAAUUUUAAUUUUAAUAAAACGCAUAUAAUCUACUAAUAUACUUUUAUAACUUUAAACAGCUUUGCGAGGUAAAAUAAUUUGAAGUAAUACUAAGUUCGUGAUAAUACUUGGCUACUCAUAUAUAGAUAAAAUGAGUCUAUUUCACAUCCAUAUAAUAUACAAUUGUGUGUCGUUUGUAUUAUAUGAUUUGUAGUGAUUAUUUGCGAACUUAUUAAAUAAUUCGGUGCUUUAAAAAUGAAAUUAUAUUACGCCUAUCCUAUAGGACUAAUCGAUUAAUUUUAGUUUAUUAUGCGUAUAUGUCGUGACAAACCGUAGAAUUAAUCAUAUGAGGAGUUAGUCGACCAUUUCCUCAACUAGUUAAAUUUCAUGACUACUGUUUAAUAAUCAUAUGUAUUAUUUUUAUUUAUUGACAUCAUGUUUGUUAGUUUCGUUUCAGUGCAUUAAUGUAAUAAUAAUAUUCUUAUUCCUAGAAUUAUUAAAUUUUAUCAUCUAUAUUUGUGUAGGCAAUUGUAUUUAUAUAUAAUGUAUAUAUUAAUGCAUUUUCCUCAAUAAUGGCAUUAUUAAUUUUGUUAAUUAUUGCAUCACUUUUAAAGGACGACAACCAUCAUUGUAUUCGUCGCCAUUUUUUAUUGCAUCUACA